UAUGAGAAAAAAAUGUUGAUGUUCCCAGUGGAGUAGCUGCCCUUGAGACCGGAAGAGUAAGACGGUAUCUGUGUAAUUUAAAGAAAAUGCGUCAUGAGAGAAGGGGGUGGGGGGUGCCGCGCAGGGGCUCUCUCUGUGCCCCUUCCAAUGCCCUUUUAGAUGACAAAGCACCUGUCACCAGCCCCUGCAUUUCUAGCGUGUUGGCCCCAUGGGAGAGAGGCCUGUUUGGAGGCUGGUGAAGGAUCCUGACCGGCCCAGGUUCAGGGAGCUGCCCGCCUUUUUUCCUGGCUUCGGCUAGGACGGACAGCUGUUCUCCGGCCCACAACUCAUCUCAGAAACCAGAAACGUUUAUUUCAGGCUCUGCCCCACAGACCUGUGUAGGCACAAAUAGAAAGCACCUGUCAGGUGGCAGGCCUUCAUCUGCCCGACAGGAAACGGCCUCUUCCGUUCACUACGAUCGCCCUUCUCCCCCAGCCUCUCUUCGUCCCCGUAGGUCCAAGACCGAGCGCCCCCUGGGGGCAGAGCCCUGCAAGAAGGGCGGCCCACGCGAGCCGCCGACAGGGCGCUAGGAAGAGCUGGAGACCGGCUAUUACCCUCAGACGUGCGUGUUGCUGUAGCCGUAUCUCCAGUUAAGGGUUACGCUGCAGGAGAGCAGUGUGCCUAUCCUGCGGGCCCCCCUGGAAGCAAGCAACCACCCCGUCCCCACCACCUAACCUGAAGAAAUGGAAAAAUGUACGCUAGGCUCUACAGUGGCCGGGAAGGCCUUCUGCCUUAAAUCCAUCGUCUGGGACGGCUUUCCAGUCACGUGGGCCAAUCACCGCGCUCGGCCUCCCUCUACCCGUUUCCGGAAGGAGGGAGUCGCCAGCUGGGGGCAGCUUCCGGCUGUUUGACUGCUGGCGGGAACGAGAUGAGUAAAGGCCGCGCGGAGCUGGCGGCAGCCCCCGGGCUUGUCCUGAGUUACCUGCGGGAGCAGAACCGACCCUACAGCGCUCAGGACGUGUUCGGGAACCUGCAGCGGGAUCACGGGCUCGGCAAGGCGGCUGUGGUGAAGGCCCUGGAGCAGCUGGCGCAGCAGGGCAAAAUCAAGGAGAAGGUGUACGGCAAGCAGAAAAUCUAUUUUGCGGACCAGGAUGAAUUUGAUACUGUGAGUGACACAGACCUCAAAGGCCUUGACGAUGAAAUUCUGUCACUCACUUCCAAAGUCCAAAGUGUCCAGCAGAGCUGCCGCCACAUGGAAGCUGAGCUGAAAGAAUUGACUAGCUCCCUGACUACACCAGAGAUGUGUAAAGAGAUUGAGGAGUUAAAAAAAGAAUGUGCCAAUUAUACAGAGAGGCUAAAUAAAAUCAAAGCAGCCACCAACCAUGUGACUCCAGAAGAAAAAGAAAAGGUAUAUCAGGAGAAACAGAAGUAUCACAAAGAGUGGAGGAAGCGGAAGAGGAUGGCAACUGAACUGUUUGAUGCAAUUCUUGAAGGUUACCCCAAGAGUAAGAAGCAGUUUUUUGAAGAAGUUGGAAUUGAGACAGAUGAAGAUUACAACGUCACCCUUCCAGACCCCUGAGGAACCUCUCUCCAAAUAAUAUUGAAGUCAGAAGGCACUUCCUGGACUGGUUGUAGUGGUGUUUUGGCACUUCCAGGUGCCCUUUUGGCUACAGGAGUCAUCUAAACUAGGGGAAAGUGACUAGACUUAUUAGGACCAACAAAGUGGGUGGUUAUACAUAUAUUACUUAGGUCAUACAUAUAUUACUUAGGAUUUGACUUGAUAAAUUCAGAACAAAUCUGGGCUUAAGCAUUU